CCACUCGGCGCCUCAGCCCCUGCGCCCCCCUCCUUAGCCCGUGGUCGUUCGCGCUCGGCGGGCCGGCCGGCCGGCGCCUCGCCUCUGCGCGCGGAGAUGGUGUAGCCCGGUCGCCCGAGCCGGAGCCGCCUCUGCUCGCGCGUCCCCGCGGCGUCCGCCUCCCCGCCUGAGGAGAGACCCUCCGCUCGGCGUCUCCCGCGCCGGGGAAGCCUCGGCGCCGCCGGCACCAUGAGUGAACAGAGUAUCUGUCAGGCAAGAGCUGCUGUGAUGGUUUAUGAUGAUGCCAAUAAGAAGUGGGUGCCAGCUGGUGGCUCAACUGGGUUCAGCAGAGUACAUAUAUAUCACCAUACAGGCAACAACACAUUCAGAGUGGUGGGCAGAAAGAUUCAAGACCAUCAGGUCGUGAUAAAUUGUGCCAUUCCUAAAGGGCUGAAGUACAAUCAAGCUACACAGACUUUCCACCAAUGGCGGGAUGCUAGACAGGUGUAUGGUCUCAACUUUGGCAGCAAAGAGGAUGCCAAUGUCUUCGCAAGUGCCAUGAUGCAUGCCUUAGAAGUGUUAAAUUCACAGGAAGCAGUGUUCUAUUUAGGGCCAACAUUGCCUAGACAAAAUACACAACUACCUGCUCAAGUUCAAAAUGGCCCAUCCCAAGAAGAGUUGGAAAUCCAGAGAAGGCAGCUGCAAGAACAGCAGCGACAGAAGGAUCUGGAAAGGGAGAGGCUGGAGAGAGAAAGAAUGGAGAGGGAAAGGCUGGAGAGAGAACGGCUAGAAAGAGAGAGGCUAGAGAGGGAGCGCCUGGAACAAGAGCAGCUGGAGCGACAGAGGCAGGAAAGGGAGCACAUGGAGCGCCUGGAGAGGGAGCGGCUGGAGCGCCUGGAGAGGGAGCGGCAAGACCGAGAGCGCCUGGAGCAGCUGGAGCGCGAGCAAGUGGAAUGGGAGCGAGAGCGCAGAGUGUCCAAUGCUGCUCCAUCUUCAGACAGCUCCCUGUAUAAUGCUCCACUUCCUGAGUAUUCCAGUUGCCAGCCUCCUUCAGCACCUCCUCCAUCAUAUGCUAAAGUCAUCUCAGCUCCAGUGUCAGAUGCCACUCCUGAUUACGCUGUAGUGACUGCUUUGCCACCUACUUCCACACCCCCUACACCACCACUGCGACACUCAGCGACACGUUUUGCAACAUCUCUAGGUUCAGCCUUCCACCCUGUUCUUCCCCAUUAUGCUACAGUUCCUCGUCCUCUGAACAAAAACUCUCGACCUUCUUCUCCUGUGAACACACCCUCUUCUCAGCCUCCAGCUGCGAAGUCCUGUGCCUGGUCUACUUCCAAUUUCUCGCCCCUCCCUCCAUCUCCUCCGAUAAUGAUUAGCAGUCCUCCCGGCAAAGCUACUGGCCCAAGGCCUGUCCUCCCCGUUUGUGUCUCCUCUCCUGUGCCCCAAAUGCCUCCGUCACCGACAGCACCCAAUGGGCUGCUGGACUCUGUAACAUACCCAGUGUCUCCACCGCCUACCUCAGGGCCAGCAGCGCCGCCUCCUCCGCCACCGCCGCCUCCACCACCGCCGCCACCGCCGCCGCUGCCUCCCCUCGCCUCACUCUCACACUGUGGAUCACAGGCUUCUCCUCCUCCAGGCACCCCUCUUGCCUCAACCCCCUCAUCCAAGCCCAGUGUUCUCCCUUCUCCCUCUGCAGCUGCCCCUGCCUCUGUGGAGACCCCUCUAAAUCCUGAGCUGGGAGACUCCUCUGCUUCCGAGCCAGGCUUGCAGGCAGCCUCUCAGCCGGCCGAGACGCCAACCCCACAGGGCCUUGUCUUGGGACCACCUGCACCUCCACCACCUCCACCCCUCCCACCAGGCCCUAACCACACCUCAGCACUCCCUCCUCCCCCUGGACCUCCUCCUCCACCCCCACUUCCAUCCACUGGGCCUCCUCCACCGCCUCCCCCACCCCCUCUUCCUAGUCAAGUUCCUCCCCCUCCUCCUCCACCUCCUGCCCCUCCCCUCCCUGCAUCUGGAUUUUUCUCUGGAUCUGUGUCAGAAGACAAUCGCCCUUUAACUGGACUCGCAGCUGCAAUCGCAGGAGCAAAACUUAGGAAAGUGUCUCGGGUGGAGGAUGGCUCUUUCCCAAGUGGAGGGGGUACUGUAGCUGUGAACUUGGCCUCAUCCAAAGCAGAUGCUGGUCGUGGGAAUGGACCCCUUCCUCUAGGGGGGAGUGGCUUAAUGGAAGAGAUGAGUGCCCUGCUGGCCAGGAGGAGAAGAAUUGCUGAAAAGGGGUCAACAAUAGAAACAGAACAAAAAGAAGACAGAAGUGAAGAUUCAGAACCUAUAACUUCCAAGGCCUCUACAACAAGUACACCUGAACCAGCUAGAAAACCUUGGGAAAGAACAAACACAAUGAAUGGCAGUAAGUCACCUGUCAUCUCCAGACCCAAAUCUACACCUUUGUCACAGCCCAGUGCCAAUGGAGUCCAGACAGAAGGACUUGACUAUGACAGACUGAAGCAGGACAUUUUAGAUGAAAUGAGAAAAGAACUGACAAAGCUGAAGGAAGAGCUUAUUGAUGCAAUCAGGCAGGAACUGAGCAAGUCGAACACUGCAUAGAGAAGCAAACUGAGGAGAGACAGGACUGAAUCUGGAGAAAAACAAAACUUCCUACAAACAACUGUUAACACCCCCUACGAUUUUUAAGCUGUGAGAAGAAACUGGAUACACAGUCAGGAGGGAAAAACGCGCCAACCUCUGAAAACUUUCAGAUGCAGCAACUCUGAAUCAGCUGCGCCCUCCCAGCGUGCUGCUCUUGUCCUGACCCUUACUGCAGGAUGAAGAAUUGUGUUUGCGUUCCCAAGCAGUGCUAAACCCGUCAGGCAAGAAGUAUUUUCAUGUCUAGGUGAAACUGCACGUUUUCCACAAUCCAUUGCUAAAAUAAAGAAGAGAAAGGCUUAGGGGGUUUUUAAGAAGGCGCUGAUGAAGCAUUUAAUUUAGCAAGUUCUGCUGUUGCAUUGUAAACGUUUCUCUCAGGUUUGUCUUCCUAUCAUAUUUGAUAUUCCGUGAAGAGUUAAGAUCAUAAAAUAUGGAACAUAUGGAAUUGUAUGUGCUUUCAAAGGGUGGUAUUUAUCAGAAAGGUCCUACAAUGUUUAGUCCCACUUGAGGAAUUUUAGAAUGAUAGGAAGUCUUUCGGGUUAGCCUUCAUGCAGUUUUGUAGUUUAAAACAAAAUCCGUCCAGAAUUUAAAGAUUUAGAUGCCUUCCUAAAUUGUUACAAUGCUUUACCAAAUCUAUGACUUAUAUAUAACAAACAGUGGUCAAAUGUAAAACAUUCUAUGAUAGAUUUACUGUAGGUUUUCAACCUUUUUUAGACUUAUGCAUGCGGACAUUUUUAUAAUAUAAUUACAAUCACCACAAAGUUAGCUUUUUUAAUUACAGACAAUAAUGCAUGUCACACUAAUAUGUAGUGGCCUUUUCAAGGCCUAGUCCCAGGGAAAAUAUUUUGUAGAAUAUAGGGAAGUGGGAGGACGGGGAGGAAUAAUUUUUUAUUUAAAGUUAAUUCUGCACUAUCUUUUUUUCUCAAUAAUCUGCAUGAAUUAUAAUGAGAAACACCUUGUGACUUUAAUCGAUAAACAUGUUAACAAAACCAAGUACUUAAUCUUUUACGUCAUGUCUUCAGCUGUUUGUAUUUUAACCAGCAAUUUCAAUGGUCUGAAGCAUGAUUCUGAGCUUCACAUGAGUUAUGUCUCGCUGUGGAACUCAAAAAGUUUGAUCCCUGAAUUUGGCAGUUGCUGUCACUAGGUCCCUGCAGUGCUGCAGGUGUUUGGGUACAUACUCCUGACUUUGAAGCUGCUCUUGACCUCUGCUGUGCUAAAAUACAGGAAAUAUCAAUGAUGGCAGCAAUUAGGGUCACAGGAAUCACCAGGUAACGGGAAACCCAUGGGGAAUUCUGCAGUUUUCUUUAGUAAAACUGAAGUGAGACUUAGGUGGUAGGAAGGGUCUGAUGCUGUUAGACCCUGAGGGUGUGUGUGUGUGUG